AUGGAGGAGGUCACUGCUGUUGGAGAUGGUCACUGGUGGUGGAGAUGUUCACUGGUGGUGGUGGAGGAGGCCACUGGUGGUGGAGGAGGCCAUUGCUGCCUGCAGGAGGGGCAGCGCUAUCGCGAUAAGGACGUGUGGAAGCCGGAGCCCUGCCGCAUCUGUGUGUGUGACACGGGGACUGUCCUCUGCGACGACAUCAUCUGCGAGGAGCUGCGGGACUGUCCCAGCCCCGAAAUCCCCUUCGGAGAGUGCUGCCCCAUAUGCCCCACUGACCAGCCCAGCGGUUGUAAUUUAUUUAUUUACCCCACCUUUCCCAGGGCUUGUAAUUUAUUUAUUUACCGCUAUCGCGAUAAGGACGUGUGGAAGCCGGAGCCCUGCCGCAUCUGUGUGUGUGACACGGGGACUGUCCUCUGCGACGACAUCAUCUGCGAGGAGCUGCGGGACUGUCCCAGCCCCGAAAUCCCCUUCGGAGAGUGCUGCCCCAUAUGCCCCACUGACCAGCCCAGCGGUUGUGUUGGAGGUGACAGGGUGACCAUCACCGUGACAUGGGGGGUGGGUGGUGGGGUGACCAUCACCGUGGCGUCAGGGCUGGUGGAGGUGACCGUCCCCGUGGUGCUGGGGGGAGAAUCGGGGUCACCCGGCGAGAACGGCUCCCCCGGCCCCAUGCCGCUGGGACCCAAGGGACAGACGGGAGAACCCGGCAUCGCGGGCUUCAAGGGCGAGCAGGGACCCAAGGGCGAGACGGGACCCGCAGGACCCCAAGGUGCCCCCGGACCGGCUGGUGAGGAAGGCAAGAGAGGAGCCCGCGGUGAGCCCGGUGCUGCCGGCCCCGUGGGACCACCUGGAGAGAGGGGUGCUCCUGGCAAUCGGCAGCUCCUGGGGUCAGGCAGACCCCUGGGAGACCCCAGAGCAGUUGGGCAGGACGGGGUCCCCAGUGUCCCCCCCACAUGGGGGUUCGGCCACCCCAGCCCCCCCAAAUUCCUUCCCUCCCCCCAGGGUCUCACUGGCCGCCCAGGAGAUGCUGGACCUCAAGGCAAAGUCGGUCCAACCGGUGCCCCCGGCGAGGACGGUCGCCCCGGCCCCCCCGGCCCCCAGGGUGCUCGCGGCCAGCCUGGCGUGAUGGGUUUCCCUGGUCCCAAAGGUGCUAAUGGUGAGCCUGGAAAAGCUGGUGAGAAAGGACUCCCCGGUGCCCCGGGGUUGCGGGGUCUCCCCGGCAAGGAUGGCGAAACAGGAGCUGCUGGCCCCCCAGGACCUGCCGGUCCGGCGGGAGAGAGGGGAGAGCAAGGAGCCCCCGGUCCCUCCGGAUUCCAGGGUGUUCCUGGAGAAGCCGGUGCCCCCGGUCUCGUCGGUCCCAGAGGUGAACGUGGCUUCCCCGGUGAACGUGGCUCCCCUGGUGCACAAGGGCUGCAGGGUCCCCGCGGGCUCCCUGGCACUCCGGGCACCGACGGACCCAAGGGUGCAACUGGCCCCGCUGGCCCCAACGGAGCCCAGGGUCCCCCAGGGCUGCAGGGAAUGCCCGGGGAGAGAGGAGCCGCCGGCAUCGCCGGUCCCAAGGGAGACCGGGGCGACGUGGGAGAGAAGGGUCCCGAGGGAGCCCCCGGAAAGGACGGCGCACGUGGUCUGACUGGUCCCAUCGGCCCCCCCGGCCCUGCUGGCCCCAACGGCGAGAAGGGAGAAUCCGGCCCCCCUGGUCCAUCUGGCGCUGCCGGUGCCCGUGAGCGUGGUGAACCCGGUGCCCCCGGUCCUGCUGGAUUUGCUGGCCCCCCUGGAGCCGACGGGCAACCCGGUGCCAAAGGAGAGCAAGGAGAGCCUGGGCAGAAGGGGGAUGCCGGUGCCCCCGGUCCCCAAGGUCCCUCCGGAGCACCUGGCCCACAGGGUCCAACUGGUGUAACUGGUCCCAAAGGAGCCCGGGGUGCUCAGGGUCCCCCCGGAGCCACCGGAUUCCCCGGCGCCGCUGGCCGCGUGGGACCACCCGGCCCUAACGGGAACCCUGGCUCCGACGGCCCCCCCGGCAGAGACGGCGCAGCUGGCGUCAAGGGCGAUCGUGGUGAGACGGGUCCCGUGGGUGCCCCCGGUGCCCCCGGUGCCCCCGGAGCUCCCGGUCCCGUGGGUCCCACCGGAAAACAAGGAGACAGAGGCGAGACGGCUGACACGUGCCCCUUCUCCCCCUCCCAGGGUCCCCAAGGACCUCGCGGUGACAAGGGUGAGACAGGAGAGGCUGGAGAGAGAGGGCUGAAGGGCCACCGUGGCUUCACCGGGCUGCAGGGGCUUCCUGGACCCCCCGGUCCUUCUGGAGAUCAAGGUGCUGCUGGUCCUGCGGGUCCCUCCGGUCCCAGGGGUCCUCCCGGCCCCGUGGGCCCCUCUGGCAAAGACGGCUCCAACGGCAUGCCCGGCCCCAUUGGACCCCCUGGCCCCCGAGGACGAAGCGGAGAACCCGGUCCCGCGGGUCCUCCUGGAAACCCAGGUCCCCCCGGUCCUCCCGGUCCCCCCGGCACCGGCAUUGACAUGUCGGCUUUCGCUGGCCUGGGUCAACCGGAGAAGGGUCCCGAUCCCAUCCGUUACAUGCGGGCGGACGAGGCGGCGGGUGGCCUGCGACAGCAUGAUGUGGAGGUGGACGCCACCCUCAAGUCCCUCAACAACCAGAUCGAGAGCAUCCGCAGCCCCGAGGGCUCCAAGAAGAACCCAGCCAGGACUUGCCGCGACAUCAAGCUUUGCCAUCCCGAGUGGAAGAGCGGAGACUACUGGAUCGACCCCAACCAGGGCUGCACUUUGGAUGCCAUCAAAGUGUUCUGCAACAUGGAGACGGGCGAGACCUGUGUCUACCCCAACCCCAGCAGCAUCCCCAAGAAGAACUGGUGGACAAGCAAGACCAAAGACAAGAAGCACGUCUGGUUUGCCGAGACCAUUAACGGCGGUUUCCACUUUAGCUACGGCGAUGAAGACCUGGCUCCCAACACCGCCAACAUCCAGAUGACCUUCCUCCGCCUCCUCUCCACCGAAGGCUCCCAGAACGUCACUUACCACUGCAAGAACAGCGUGGCCUACAUGGAUGAGGAGACGGGCAACCUGAAGAAGGCCAUCCUCAUCCAGGGCUCCAACGACGUGGAGAUCAGAGCCGAGGGCAACAGCAGGUUCACCUACAGCGUCUUGGAGGACGGUUGCACGAAACACACGGGCAAAUGGGGCAAGACGGUCAUCGAGUACCGGUCGCAGAAGACCUCGCGCCUGCCCAUUGUAGAUAUUGCACCUAUGGACAUUGGUGGAGCCGAGCAGGAGUUUGGGGUGGAUAUCGGCCCGGUCUGCUUCUUGUAAAAAAACCAGAAAGAAAAAGAGAAAAUUGUUUUAUUUGUGUGUUU